GGGGGCGGUAAUGUUUUGGUCCGGACACAAAGAAAGGGCAGACCCCGUGAUCAAUAUUUACGGAAGCGUUGCCUCGUCGUGAACCAGUCAGUCAUUUCUGUUGUAUCAUGUAAGGUUAAUGUAAAGGUUGUUUAAUUCCUUAAAGUACGUGGGUGUCACUCGCCGGCGCCGUUAGGCGUCAUUUAGCUUCAAAUAAACUUCCGGUAGCUUGUUUGCUAGUGAACUGUAGUACGAAUUAACCGUUAGCUAAUAUAGCUAACAGCCAACUACUCCGACGUCCAGUUCCUCUUUUGUCGACAUGGUUGCUUCGUCGUUAGCCAGAGUGUGUUUGGGGGUCAUGUGAAGUCUCUGCACGCGGUUUAUCAUAAACGUUAAAGGGUUUGUUUCGCUGUUAAGUUUCUGGAUACGUUCACGAAAGCUAACCGCUAGCGUGCUAGCUUAGACGUUAGCACCAUGGGAGCAGAACAGAGCGGAGAAGCGGAGCACAAACACUCCGACUACAGCUCGUCAGUGGUGCCGUCUCCAGCGAAGCAGAAGGCAAAGAUGGAUGACAUUGUGGUUGUGACCCAGGGGACCCAGUCGAUGCGAAAUAUUCACAACGAUCCAGACGUCAUAAAGCUUCAAGAAAUACCCACUUUUCAGCCCCUUUUGAAAGGAGUGUUGAGUGGCCAGACGUCACCCAGCAGUGUGUGUCUGGAAAGGCUGGAUGCUGCUCAGGUUCUGCAGCUCUGCGUCCGGUAUCAGGACCAUCUACACCAGUGUGCCGAGGCCGUGGCCUUCGACCAGAACGCCCUGGUCAAGAGGAUCAAAGAGAUGGACUUGUCAGUGGAAACCUUGUUCAGCAUAAUGCAGGAGCGCCAGAAACGCUACGCCAAGUAUGCCGAGCAGAUCCAGAAGGUCAACGAGAUGUCCAUGAUCCUGAGGCGCAUCCAGAUGGGAAUCGACCAGACGGUGCCGCUGAUGGAGCGCCUUAACAACAUGCUGCCUGAGAGCGAGCGCCUGGAGCCCUUCAGCAUGAGGCCUGAUGGGGAUUCUGCCACAAAAUAGCCUCCUGAAAUCCAGCACAGCUGCCUCCCACCCAAGUCUCCAUCCAGUCCUCUGUCCAGGAGAAAGUGCAGGUCUGUCCAGCUGUAGGGAUGCUAAGUGUUUACAUUAGUAGAAAAAUGCAUUAAGGUUUUUUUUGUUCUCAUAGUAAGAGAGGAGCACAGGUGUAAAUGAGUCCGCUCUGAUCAGUUCUUUCUAUUAAUUUAAUGCAGGACAUUUUUCUCAACGCACAUGCACUUAAUAAGCAACAUCCUACUUGCUACAGCACCUCUUAACGACAAACCUGAGUUUAACCACACCCCUCUGCUACUGGCUGCUGUGUUCGAGCAGCUGUGAACUUACGAGGUGCUGCGUUCAAGUACACCCCUCAUCCAUACAAGUGGAGAGUGGAUAUUGUCUUUUUUUAUCCCCUCCCAGCAGGGAAUAAAGCUGGCAAGUUUCCAGGCACAGGCUUUCUUUGCUAAUCUAAAGUCAGGGGAGGAACAAACACAUUUGUAAGAGGCAUAAUGAAUUCCAUAUGCUCCAAAAACUUGUCCCGCAGGUGUGUUGCAGGGUUUAGAGACACAAAUAAGAGUGUGAGCAUCAAAAAGAUAUCUCUAAAAUGUUUCGUGCUGCUUUUGAGAUUUACAUACACCUGUCAAAACAUCAGAGCCACUUGAGAACUGGCAGUGGAUUGAUUCUGGAAUUUGCACUUCACAUCACAAAUAUUUGUUGUUUGUGAGCCUGAUUUUCAUCUCGCGCCCACGGCAUGUGCCUCGACCGAUGUUUGAAGAUCCCUGGCAAGAACUGCUUGCGUGCAGAUUGACUGGUUUUAAUUUUCAGAACUAUGUCGGUGUAUCAUUUUUGGGAUGUUAUGAUGAAGAAAUUCACGGAGAGUACGAACGAAGAAGGAUUAUUGCGUUUGGAUUUACAUGAGGAGCACAUCGGAAGUAAAAUGCAAAGCCUCUUCUUGGACAUUCUCAACAUUCUCGUGAACGUGUGAACUUAAUUUUUGGGGUGAACGUAAUAUAAAUUAAUUUGGGUACUUGUGCUUGAGCAGUUGUGUCAAGACUUUUUGCAUGCAAGACAGUUUAAAAAAAGGACUAAACAGACUCCUGAUGCUUCAGUUCAGCAGAUUGUUAAAGAAAAUGGAUGCAGAGGUGAACAUAUAACAUUUUAUGAACUUCCCUGCUCGUCACAGAUCUCCGUCCAGACCACGCUUUUAGAUCAUUUCAGCAUUAACUGUAUGUGUUUCAGCUUUUCACAAUGAUAGCCAAACAUCACACAUACCAAAGAUUCUUAAGUUCUCAAAGCUGUUAGAUUAAAAGUCAUACUUUGGGUCUCAAAACCCAACAUGUUUUCUCUCUUACCCUUACCGGUCUUUAUAUCCAGUCAGAUAGUUUUGGUUUUAUUGGCCCUGGUGUUGAAAUAUCUUUCUGCUGCCUCCACAUAACAAUGUAUGAAACUGGAAUUUUAUUUCUGGUGCUUACAGUAACAAGAAAUGUUCUUGUUACUCAGGAUAAUCCACAAAACACAUUGUUAAUAUACAUAGACUAUAUAGAUAUCAGAACUAUUAAAUAUAACUUUUUGAUGCCGUGAGCACCACAAAACAAAAUUUAAUUUGCAUACUUUGUAUUUGGUGGAAGCAGAAAUCUCAGAGGCAGAUGUCUUUUAAAAUAAAACCGAAUAAUGCUAAAGUUUUUUUUUUUCGUAUUAUGGUGAGACAACGCUUUAACUCCCUAAUCACUGAUCAGUUUGCAUUGUGUCAAUAAAGAAACAAGACACUAAAAAAAAAGGUCAAAGAUGGUGUUAUUGCUAUAGAAGUGUUACAGUAUGGGCCUGUGUAAGUCCAGUAGGUGGUGCCAGAGGUAACUCAACAGUCUGUGGAUUCUUAACUCAAACAAAGUUGUUUCAGUGAACAUGCUGUUCAUGCUCAACCACUGACCGUCAGAGGACUCAAACCUGCUACUAUAAAACUAUCUAAUCGCCUGUUUUCAUGUCCAUUAGUUCUACUAUUGCUUCAGAAAGCCCCGUCUCACCUGAGCAGGUAAUGUAUUCACAUCCACAACCCCUUUACUGCUAAAGACAGUGGUUACCACAUUUCAUAGGCUGGUAACCCCCAGCUUAAACACACUUAGAUUGGACAGUAUCCAACAACUCAACAAAAUCUGUCCUUAAAGUCAAAAGUCUAGUUACUUUCAAUGUACGAUCUGAUUAUUUAUUUUCCCUUUUCAUUGAGACUGAGCUGAGAUAUAGCCGCAUUUUUUGAAGCUCUGUUUACAGCGAUAAAUCUUAUCUUUGCUUCAGAGCUGCAAUGAUUAGAAUAGUCGGUAAUAACAAUUUUGAUGUAAAAAUGCCAAAUAUUUGCUUUUUCAAACUUCCCCUAUCAGGAUUUGCAGCUUCUCAUCUUGUUCUCGUCAUGCGUGAUCAAAAUGAAAAAUGUUGUGUCGAACAAACCGAGUAGUUUAAGGACGCCACUUUGAGUUGGGUGCUUAACCGUUAAGUUGCAGCCCUGCAUCACUUGCUGUGACAUUCGCUAUUUGAAAACUAUGAUAAACUCAGAAGCAGGAAAAUGUAUUGUGUUACUAUGACAACCAGCAGCCACGAGCUGUCACUUUACUAGCUGUGAAAUGCAUAAAUUAACUAGGUUUUAAUGCCGCCAUUUUGAAAUGUAUCACUUACUUUUGCUGUUCCGAUGUGCUCGAAAACUAAAUGUAAAACUUAAGUUCCCCCGAUUUAUGUUGUUAUGUGUUUAAGUUGGUGAGAGGUCGUUAAAAACACACACCAAAAACGUUGAAUUCACCACCUUGGCAGACAUUGCCAUUGUAUACAAAAUCAGAAUUAGGCAUUAUAGCUUUUUUCUAGAAACAAGUUGCUGCUAAUGGUGCGAGUGGCUUCUCUCUGGACACAGCAGUGAAUGGAGUUUUCCCCAUGAGCCAGUGUGAUUAAAUUGGUUGUGUACGGUGUUGAAUUUUUCAGCAGUGUAUAAACAUGCUGAACUCAAUUACACCUACAAAAGGAUCCUCCUCUGCCUGGCUUGCUUUGAGGUGCAGAAUUAGCCCAGUUCCUUGACAUAAGGGACAUAAGCCAGAGACAAGUUUUCUUUUGAAUUUAAAGCAGAACUCCUUUGAUAUGUUAUCACCUUUCAUGUGUAAAUUAAAAACUGGUGAGAAAUGUCUUAAA